AGCGGAACGAGCGCAAUGCCUCGCGCGUUUUCCUCCCGCCUUGGGAACUUAACGGGACCGCGUUCGAUGGGAAGAAGACGUUAUAACGCCUGAAGAGCGCUCGUAGGCAGUGUGUAUCGCAUUGUGUGUGUGUGGUGUGUGUAGGUGUGUGUGUGGUGUGUGUGGACACCGCGUUGUGUUGGUGGGAAACGCGCGGACACCAUGGCCGCCGGGCGCAGCUCGGUGAGCGGACUCAUGCAGCAGCCCGAGGCGCCGAGCUCCAGCGACUCCCCACCGCCACACGGCUCCGAGGACGAGGAGCAGCACGGCGGAGCGGCGGCGCCCCACGACCCCGAGUGGACCGAGGAGAGGUUCCGGGUCGACCGCAAGAAGCUGGAGCUCAUGCUCUUAGCUGCAGCCGAGGGGAGGGUGAACGGAGGCGAGGAUUUCUUUCAGAAGGUCAUGGAGGAGACCAAUACUCAGAUCGCAUGGCCUUCAAAGUUGAAAAUAGGCGCCAAGUCUAAGAAGGAUCCUCAUAUCAAAGUGAGUGGGAAAAGGGACGAUGUGAAAGAAGCUAAGGAGAAGAUCAUGUCUGUUCUCGAUACCAAGAGCAAUCGCGUGACUCUGAAAAUGGACGUCUCACACACCGAGCACUCGCACGUCAUUGGCAAAGGAGGCAACAACAUCAAGAAGGUGAUGGAGGAUACGGGCUGCCACAUCCAUUUCCCUGACUCCAACCGCAACAACCAGGCAGAGAAGAGCAACCAGGUGUCUAUCGCAGGCCAGCCGGGAGGAGUGGAGGCAGCUCGAGCCAGGAUCAGGGAGCUGCUGCCUCUGGUGUUAAUGUUCGAGCUGCCGGUUAUAGUACAGCUGAACCCUGACCCCAGCUCUCCAGCCAUCCAGCACAUCUCUCAGACUUAUAACAUCUCUGUGGCCUUCAAGCAGCGUUCCAGGCUCUAUGGAGCUACUGGGGUUGUGCGAGGCUCCCAGAACAACAUUGCAGCUGUGAAGAGGGGCACGGCCAUGCUGCUGGAGCACUUAGCCGGGAGCUUGGCGAGCGCCAUUACCGUCAGCACUCAGCUGGACAUCGCGCCCCAGCACCAUCUGGCCAUGAUGGGACGCAACGGCAGCAAUAUCAAGCACAUCAUGCAGAGAACCGGCGCUCAAGUGCACUUCCCUGAUCCGAACUGCCCUCAGAAAAAAUCCACCGUCUAUAUCCAGGGCACCAUCGACUCUGUGUGUCUGGCACGCCAGUACCUCAUGGGCUGCCUGCCACUGGUCCUGAUGUUUGAUAUCAAAGAGGACGUUGCAGUUGAUCCUCAGUGUGUCACAUCUCUCAUGGAACAGCUGGAUGUGUUCAUCAGUGUCAAACCCAAACCUAAACAGCCUAGCAAGUCAGUGAUCGUGAAAAGUGUGGAGAGGAACGCUCUGAACAUGUACGAAGCCCGGCGCUAUCUGCUGGGUCUGGACAGCAGCGGAGUGUGUGUGUCCAUCUCCACCAGCACCUCCUCCAGCAGCAGCAGCAGCAGCAGCCCUCCGUCCGCCCUGACCCCGACUCUCAGCUGCCCCGUGGGCAUCGACAUCCUCACCUCUGCCAGCUUGGGGCUCACCAGCCUGGGUCUACUUGGUCCUACAGCUGCUUCUCUAAGUGCUCCGUCCACCCCCAACUCUCUCCUUAAUGCCCUCAACAGCUCCAUCAGCCCCCUGCAUGUCCCUUCCUCUGGAACACCCAGUCCUACACUUUGGUCUAGCUCACUGGCCAGUCCAACCAGCACACCAGGUUUUUCUUCACCCAUGAUGAUCCAUCCAGCCACUCAGGCCACACUGACGAACAUCCUGCUCCAGAGUUACGCCCAGAAUACACCAUCUCCUCCACCCGGUCUUGCUCCAAUAGAUCCGCAGGUCAACGGAGUCACAGACUGCAGCAAGGCCGUGUCCUCCCUUAACGGCAAGCACUCCAGCUCAAUGUACAGCAGAAUCGCCACUUCCUCACUGGCUGACAAAGUUCUGAAUGCGGCACAUGGAGAUCCUGUCCAGGAUGCCAGCACACACUGUCCAUCUGAACCACUGUCCAGCAAAUCCAGUCAGGAUCAAGGAUCUGAUACUUUCGUAGAGGUGGGCAUGCCGAGGAGCCCCUCACACUCGGGCAACAGCAGUGAACUAAAACAGAUGCUGGCCUCCUGUAAAACAGCUUCAGGCAAGAGGCAGGCUGUGGAGUUACUUCAGGGCACAAAGAACUCUCAUUUACAUUCAGACUGUUUGCUUUCCGACUCGGAUUCCAGCACUUCCGAGAGUCCCGUUGCAGAUAAACGGGCUCCGGGCAGCGAGAGAGCGGCCGAACGAGCCGCCCAGCAGAACUGUGAGCGCAUCCGUCUCCCGCCGCAGUCGUCUUUCUCCAACAUGCAGGCCUUUGAUUAUGAGCAGAAGAAGUUGCUGGCAACCAAAGCCAUGCUGAAGAAGCCGGUAGUGACGGAGGUGCGAACGCCGACCAACACGUGGAGCGGCCUGGGUUUCUCCAAGUCCAUGCCUGCGGAAACCAUCAAGGAGCUGCGCAGGGCCAACCAUGUGUCCUACAAGCCGACCAUGUCCACAACGUAUGAGGGAUCUCCGCUAUCGCUGUCACGCUCCAACAGCAGGGAAGGAGUGGGAAGUGGCAGCGACUCGGACAACUGGAGGGAGAGAAAUGGGAGCGGGCUCCCGAAACACAGCGAUUUCCCAACACCUAUCAGUCCCAAGAGGAAGCAGAACAAGUCGGUGGAACACUAUUUGAGCAGCAGCAACUACAUGGACUGCAUCUCGUCAGUGACCGGGAGUAACGGCUGUAACCUCAGCACCUCUCUGAAAGGAUCUGACCUGCCGGAGCUCUUCAGCAAGCUGGGCCUCGGGAAGUACACCGACGUCUUCCAGCAGCAGGAGAUUGACCUGCAGACGUUCCUCACUCUGACCGAUCAGGACCUGAAGGAGCUGGGCAUCACCACAUUUGGAGCACGCCGGAAAAUGCUCCUGGCCAUCUCAGACCUGAACAAGAACCGAAGGAAACUCUUCGAGCCGCCAAACAUCCGGUCCUCGUUCCUGGAGGGUGGCGCCAGCGGCCGUCUGCCUCGUCAGUACCAUGCGGACAUCGCCAGCGUGAGUGGGCGCUGGUGAGCCCUGGUUUCAUCUGCCCGUCUGUUACUGUUACUGAUACACAGACAGCCUUAACUGCACAAAGCCAUUCCUGAUGCCUUAAUAAACAAUACUGGACCAAACCCUAGGAAUCAGUGCCAAAAAAAAACCCACACAAAGAAUGUCUUUGGAAAGGAGGUUGAGUUUGGAGGACUGGUGUAAAUGUUGAUUAUUAUGUACAAUAUGGUACUCUAUGCAGUAUGGUACUCGUGUGGAAUUGAAGAAGGGAAUGCUGAAGGAUUCGUAAAGCUCCUGCACUGCUGUUGUAUAAGGAGCUAUCUGUGUACUUAGUUCAUAUUUUUUUUAUUUAUAUCCUUGUUUUAGAUUUGUGUCAUACUAAUUCUUUGCACUUUAAGAGUACUAAAAUACUUUGCCUGUGGGCUGAUUCCUCUCUGAUCUGCCCUACAAGAUGUGCAUGGAGCGUAUAUAGCACUUAUAAGGUUUCGAUUAAGACCCUGCAGGUCCCUUUUUUUAUUUUCCAGCCUUUUUAAUCACGAUGUAUUGGAACUCUGAUCUUUUACUCAUCAGUUUCAUUCGUUCGAGAUAUAAGAGACGUUCUAAGAGAUAUUUUUUAGCUCCCACAAGGACAAAGACCCUAACUACAAUCAGAGAUCGUCAUCAACAAACCACAGGUUAGAGGUGUGUGUGUCGGGACUAGGAACAACAACAACAACUAAAAUCUCUUUGUACUCAGUAAUCAAACACAGUAUGUCUCUUUCCAACAGCAUUGUCUUAUUUUGUAGAGUAUUUUGGUUCAUUGAGUCAUUCUUUAUGAUGUCAUGUUCCAGCAACGUAUUUAGCAUGAAUUUAGCAACCGUAUAAAAGACAAAUGCAAUUUAAUAUUGGCUUAAAUUACUUAUUUAUUUAAAUUUUGAAAAAUGUUUCCAAUUAAGUUCAUUUAAAAAUAUUGCAGAAGGAUAUAAACAGGAAUAAGAGUAAGAAGUAGAGAGGAUUGGUCAGAAAUGCCGACUUUAGCCAGUUUAGCCAAAGCAUUUAAGACUUUUUGUGCCUUUUAUCGCUAUGGCGAUUUUGGUGUUGCCCGAAAACGUUGAUUUGGGAAUGGAAAUCUCUGAGUGGGAAUUUCUGAAGUGGAAAUCAUGCCAGUAGUUAACCUGUGCUGACCCUCGGUAGUGGUUACUUUUGUUUUGUUUUGAGUUUUUGAAAUUUUACCUGUGAAUUCUUAGAAAUCGUGGAUUUCUCAUCCAUGAGCCUCUUCGAUUGUGGUAACAUUGAUUUGGGAAAAAUUGUAGAAGCUGCUUAUGAUUAAGCAUCACUCACACCAAGCUUUUCCACUUAUUGAAAAUAUCCGACUCGUCCACCAGCAUCGUCUUGUUUGUUUCUUUGUUUGUUUGUUUUCUCUCUAACUUCUAAAACGUUCACGUUAGCAUUGUUGCCGCCUUUGCGUCCCUCGCACACCUCUCCCGAAGCCUGAAACACACUCUCACACCCUCCGUGUGAACAUUUGAUCAAAUCCUGAGCAUUACUUAUGCAACACUUCCAUCCAGCUGUUUUAACUACCUCUUUUUCUGCCUUUCACCACUUUUUUUCCUUUAAAAUAAGAAAAAUAAGAGUACAGUUGUGUGUGUUUUAUCAGAUUCACGCUAACUGUAGCUUCCUUAUGUGACAUUGCAGCAGCAAGGGUACGAGAUUCAUAGUCUGGUCAGCGUAUACGCAUGUAAAGCUGUGAAUGUUGCCGGUCAUCCUCACAAGGUCGAAUCCCAUCAAGUGCCUUUUUUUUUUGUUCUCAAAAACAUCUCUAGUAUCUCAUCAGCGUUUCAACACGGAUGUAGCUAAACCACUCGUGGAGUAUUCUCGCCGAAGAGCAUCGCUUAUCCUUUUACGUGUAUAGUAUUAUUGUAUUUGCAUUUAAUUGUUCCAUAUGUUGUGUAUGACCUUCCAUGUGAUUAGAGGUACUGUUGAAAUACAUAUUGUGCAUAUUGCAGUUUUAUAGUCUUUUAUACUUUUGCCUACCAGUUUGUCGUGGUCAUUUCCAGACAGCAGCGGAUGAUCAAUUAGCAGUUGGGUAUGUAGCGUUUUAGGAUUUUUAGACCAAAUAUGGUAUGUACAAGUGGAAGAAGAAACUUCCUGUCAGUAUUAACUGCAAAAUCGAAUCGACCGACUAUGCAAAGAAAUCGCUUUGCCAUAUAAUGUUAUAAAAUGUUUUCUACUUAAAGCACCGCAGUCUUGUUCCAGUCCAGUUCACAGGCUGCCUGAUUUCAGUAUAUUGCUGCCUUGAUAUACCUGAUUAGUGCUUUUUAUGCGUCAAAUACUAUUUUUUUAAUUGUGUGAUUUCCGAGCGACCAAACUGUUUUGUAGAUUUAUUUUCCUUUGGCUCCCUAACAGGUGAAAAUAAGGGAACAGAAACGAUUUUUGUCGUGAUGUUUUGACAUGGCCUUGUGACCAGGGCCAGCACUUUUUUCUUUUCUUUUCUAUUUUUUUUUUUUUUUUUGAGUCACAACCAAAUGAGGAAAUGCUCAAAUGUGAUAAUCAUGUACAGUGACGUACAGAUUAACAGUAUUGGAGCAUAAGGGAAUAAACAAAAGCACUAAUCUGUAUUGCUCUGCCAAAUCAAUUAAUUCGUUUUCUAAUCCCUUUCAUACAUAUCUGUUGGCCAGUGCCUUAAAAAAUGACUCUUUUGUAUGUAUCUGUGAGUUUGACAGAUAAAAUCCUCCUUCUGUUCUGAUAUACAGUAAAGAUGUAUUAACGCCAUGAACGUGUGGUCCGGUUGAAUGUCCUUUACAUGUCGGAGGCUUUGUUACGAAAGAAUAAAAUGUACGUAAACUUUC